GCAUCGUGCGGCCUCCCCUGCAGACCCUCAGUGUCUCCAUGCUGCUCCGGUACUCCCACCACCAGAUCUUUGUCUUCAUUGUGGACCUGCUGCAGAUGCUGGAGAUGAACAUGGCCAUCGCCUUCCCCGCUGCGCCCCUGCUUACUGUCAUCCUGGCCCUCGUAGCUGCAGGCCUCCCCGCAGGGAUGGAGGCCAUCAUGUCCGAGUUCUUCAACGACACCACCACAGCCUUCUACAUCAUCCUCAUCGUUUGGCUGGCCGACCAGUACGAUGCCAUCUGCUGCCACACCAACACCAGCAAGAGACACUGGCUGCGGUUCUUCUACCUGUACCACUUCGCCUUCUACGCUUAUCACUACCGCUUCAACGGCCAGUACAGCAGCCUGGCCCUCGUCACGUCCUGGCUCUUCAUCCAGCAUUCCAUGAUCUACUUUUUCCACCACUACGAGCUGCCCGCCAUCCUGCAGCAGAUCCGAAUUCAGGAGCUGCUGCUCCAGACCCCGCCGCUGGGCCCCGGCACGCCCACCGCCCUCCCGGACGACCUGAACAACAAUGGAGGGGCCCCGGCCGCCACCCCUGACCCUGCUGGCCAGGCCCCUGCCCUGGGCCCGGGCUUGCCAGGUGCUAGUGGGGGCCCCGGGCCUGUGCCUGAGGCACCCAGCUCCCUAGUGGCCGCGGCAGCCUCAGUGGCGGCAGCGGCCAGUGGUGACCUGGGCUGGAUGGCAGAGACGGCCGCCAUGAUCACAGACGCCUCCUUCUUGUCUGGCUUGAGUGCCUCCCUCCUGGAGCGGCGGCCCACUGGCCCACUGAGCCCUGGUGGGGGGCUCCCCCGAGUCCCCCAGGACAGUGCCCCCUCCAGCAACUCCCUGGCGCAUGACCCGGCGCCCCCAGCUGUCGGGGUGAGUGGGCCCACCCCUGCACCCACACCUCCAGUGGACCCGCCCCCAGAGGUUGGCUCCUGAGCCUUAGGCAGCUGACCACCCCGUCCCUGGCCAUGCAGGCCCACUGGGCAUGACCUGGCCGGAGGCCUCGGGUGUCGGGGAGGAUGUCCCGGUGGCUCUUGGGACUGCCCAGCCUGUCUCGGGUGGUGUCAGGGUCCGUCAGGUUUGCCCAGAGGUGGCCUUGUCUUCUCCAGGGUGGGGCCUGCCAGAGGCCUGCGCCUGCUACGUUAGUGGUGGGCCCCCUUGGUUGGCAGAUGGAGGCAGGCCAAUGAGUGGGGUGGGGCUCCGUGGAAGGUUCUGGAAGGGGCUAGUGGACCGUGUGGAGUGAGCUGUCCCUAGGUAGCAGAGCUGGGCAGGUCUCUGAUAAGGUGAAGGCCAGUGGGGGCUACCCUCGCCAUCCCGGCCUGCCCGGCUGGUGCUCCAUCAUGCUCCGUGCCUUCUCCACGGCCCCUGACCCCGGGUGUGCGUACCACGGCUAGGGGUCCCCGGAGAGCAGAGCUGGCGCCUUGGGCUGGGGGAUGUGGAUACAGGCGUCAACGGGGAAGGCAGUGGCCGGGCGCAGGGGUCCAGCCUUGCUUGGGUGGGAGUGGGACAGAGUUGGUGGCCAAACUCAGUCACUUGGUGAGGAAUGCUCAAAGGCGCUCAUUCCAUCCUAUUUAAUUGCAGUGCACAAAAUUGUGUUUAUAUAUACAAUAAACUGUUGACGGCGGCCUGCA